AUGGUCGCAUACGGCUUUGUUUUGUUUUCUCUAUGUGACGGGAAGAGAGCUGAAACCGAUGAUACAGUCUCUAAUACUCCUGCUACACUUGAAACGUUUGCUGAAAGAUUCCAGCAAACCAAACGACCCCUAAAGAAAAAGAAUAUCCAAGUUCAAACUGUGUUAGACAAACGAAUAGUAAAUAAUGGUGUUAUAUGGAGAUGUGGGCUCACCCCGGAUAGCUCUUUCACAGUAAAUGCUCUUAGAUCAAGAUGGGCCUACCGGAUUCCAAUAACCAACAAAAAUUUCCACCGGAUAAAAGAAAUCCCACUGAAAGUGUCUUGCUGUAUUUGUGGAGCACAAUGGGGCAGAAUCCCAACAACUAAGGAGUUAGUAAAAAGAUGGGUAAACAUGGAAAAUUUAACUUGCCAGAUGUGCAAUGUGAAGGAAGAAAGCACUGAUCAUAUUCUUGUAGAUUGUGCUUAUGCAAAGAAUGUCAUGGAAGGAGUAAUGAGAUGGUGCAAGGUGGAUACUCACAUGGAAGAUCUCCAAGCGGUGUCGGAUGUUCUGAACCUUGCCAAUAAAUGGGGAACGUGUACUAAAAAGUGGAAGCCUCUUGACAAAGAGGGUAUGCUUGAAGGGGCAUUUCUUGAAGCCAUUUUCAAGGAAGUAUUUUUCAAUUCGACUGUACCAGGCACGGGGUGCCUGCCUUAA